GCUUACCUAACCUGAAAGCCAAACAUACACAAACAUGGCGUUACCGCAAGCAGUCAGGAUGCUGUGUCCUCUUCGGCGUUCGCUUUCUGUCGUUAUCUUAUGGCUUGUAGGGAUACAUUCGUCGACGCUUCAUCUUUACAAUGAGGAGGGUUACAUAGCACCGCAGCACAGGGGAUAUUUUACAGUAGACGCAAAUAAGGAUUUACCAGAUGGAGAUGGAGGGGGCAACGCGGCUCCACCUCUCGGGCUGGCCGCUUUUGGUGCUGCUGAAGGCGGGUCGGACCACGGCGCCCCUCCGCCAAAGAGAAGCCGGCGGAGCACAAGCGAAUCUACCAUGCCUAAGGUGUACGGCCAGGCCAGCUUGAAUGACUCUCAUAACCAGAUGGUCGUCCACUGGGCUGGAGAAAAGAGCAAUGUCAUUGUGGCUUUGGCCAGAGACAGCGUUGGAGCCGUUGGACCCAGAACGAGCUCGGUCUAUGUGUCUUAUGACUCUGGGUCCACUUUCACACUUGUCUCUGGGAAAUUCCAGUUGUCUGAGGCCAAGGGCAAGAAUGGCAGUACACAGGUCAUCUCUCAGUUUUAUCACAGUCCUGCUGAUAACAAGAGGUACCUCUUUGUAGACUCCACCAACAAUUACCUGUGGAACACCUUUGAUUUCUGCAAGAGUGUGCAAGGUUUCUCCCUCCCAUUCAAACCAACAGACAUGUUGAUCCACAGCACAACACCCAACCUUGUGCUUGGGUAUGACAGUUCUAACCCAAACAAGCAGCUGUGGAAGUCGGACGACUUUGGGGAGACUUGGGUGUUGAUCCAGGAGCAUGUGAAGACCUACUUUUGGGGCGUUGAGCCCUACGACCCCCCCACAACAGUGGUUGUCCAGAGGCAUGAGCCCCAGGGUGUCUCCAUCAUACUCAGCAGUACUGACUUCUUCCAGAGUGAGCAGAACCGCAAAGUGAUCCUGGAGCAGGUUGACAGCUUCCAGCUCAGGGAAAAGUACAUGUUUGCCACCACUGCAAGGAAACUGAGCGCUGAGUCUUCAUCUGUUCAGCUCUGGGUCUCCUACAACCGCCAGCCAAUGAAAGCUGCCCAAUUUAAAACGCGUCAUCCAAUCACAGAGUACUACAUCGCUGAUGCUUCUGAGGACCAAGUGUUUGUGUGUGUCAACCACGUAAACAAUAUGACACACCUGUACAUCUCAGACACACAAGGUCUUUCCUUUUCGCUGUCAUUGGAGAAUGUUCUAUAUUACAGUCCUGAGGGUUCCAGAAGCAACACACUUAUCAGAUAUUUUGCUAAUGAGCCUUUUGCUGACCUACACCGCGUGGAAGGACUCAGAGGUGUCUUUAUCGCCACACUCGUCAAUGGGUCCAUCAGUGAGACCAACAUGCGGUCGGUCAUCACGUUCGACAAGGGAGGGACAUGGGAGUUGCUUCAGCCACCCACUGCUGACAGUCUUGGAGGGACUGUGGACUGCCAGCUCAGUAAAGGUUGCUCUCUCCAUCUGGCCCAGCGCUGGAGCCAACUAUUAAACUUCCAACUGAGGAGGAUUCCAAUUUUAUCUAAGGAGUCUGCACCGGGACUCAUAAUGGCCACAGGAUCUUUUGGCAGGAACUUGGCUAACAAACCCAAUGUGUAUGUGUCGAGCAGCGCUGGAGCCCGAUGGAGGGAGGCAUUAGCAGGUCCUCAUUUCUAUACAUGGGGAGACCAUGGUGGUAUUCUGAUGGCUAUCCCACAAGGAGGCUCCAGUACUCAUCUCAAGUUCAGCACCAAUGAGGGCGAGACGUGGACCGAAUUUCAGUUCUCUGACAGGGAGGUGUAUGUUUACCAGUUACUGACCGAGCCUGGGGAGAAAAGCACCAUCUUCACCAUCUUUGGAUCCUACGCCCACCAGAAACAUAGCUGGCUCAUUCUGCAGGUCAACGCCUCUGAUGUUUUAGGUGUUCCAUGUUCUGAGUCUGACUACAAACAUUGGUCCCCAUCAGAUGAACAUGGCAAUGAGUGUCUCUUGGGCAGAGAGAUAACGUUUAAGAGACGAACACCUCACGCUACAUGUUUCAACGGCGAGGACUUUGACCGUCCUGUUACCAUGUCUAACUGCUCCUGCUCCCGCCAGGACUAUGAAUGCGACUACGGUUUCAAGCUGAGUGAAGACUUUUCCCUGCAAGUGUGUGUUCCUGACCCCGAAUUCUCAGGUGACCUCCAUGCUCCUCCAGUACCAUGUCCUGUUGGCACCACUUAUCGCCGCAGUAAUGGAUACAGGAAGGUACCAGGGGACAGUUGCAGUGGAGGAGAUGUGGAAGUCAGACUGGAUGGAGAGAUGCUACCCUGUCCUGUUGGGGAGAGUAAUGAAUUUAUCCUGUAUGCUGUAAGGAACUCUAUCCAUCGCUAUGACUUGGCUACUGCCAUUGACCAGGUCCUCCCUCUGGUGGGUCUGAAGGAGGCCGUGGCUCUGGACUUUGACUAUGACAAGAACUGCCUCUACUGGGCUGACAUCUUGCUGGAUACCAUACAGCGUCUCUGUCUAAAUGGCAGCACAGGUCAGGAGAUUAUCGUAAGGAAAGAUCUGCAGAAUGUGGAGGCCUUGGCUUUUGACCCCAUCAGCAGAUUGCUUUAUUGGGUUGAUGCUGGUGCACAGAAAAUUGAGGUUUCCAAUCCUGAUGGUGACCUGCGUCACACCCUCCUUAACUCCUCUAUCUUGGAACAUCCGCGAGCUCUUGUUCUCCUGCCUGAAAAGGGUUUGAUGUUCUGGACUGACUGGGGAGACAGAGCAGCAGGUAUUUACCGAAGUGCCAUGGAUGGAACCAAUAUGUCCUCUAUUGCGUCAGAGGGGGUCCGCUGGCCCAAUGGAAUAACAGCUGAUGAACACUGGCUAUACUGGACUGAGGCCUUCAGCGACCGCAUUGAGAGGGCUGACCUCACUGGAGGCCAGCGACGCAUUCUGUUUGAGGGGUUGCCCCACCCAUAUGCCAUCGCUGUCUUCAAGAAUGAUCUGUACUGGGACGACUGGUCCAGAAUGGGGAUCUUCAAAGCUCCAAAAACUGGUACUCAGAGUAAUGAGCUAAUUGUUGGCAGACUGACUGGUGUCAUGGAUCUUAAGAUUUUUUAUAAAGGCAAGAAUGGAGGUCAUAAUGCCUGUGCUGACCAGCAAUGCAGGUUGCUGUGUCUGCCUCUGCCUGACUAUAGGCACACCUGUAUUUGCCCAGAAGGCACACCAACUACCACCUUGCCUGAUGGACAGCUGCAGUGCCAGUGCCCUACAGGAUACCAGCUCCAAAACACCACCUGUGUUAAGACUGAGCUGAGCUGUUCUGCCAACCAGUACCGCUGUUCAAAUGGCCGUUGUAUCAGUAAUAUCUGGAAGUGUGACAGUGAUAACGACUGCGGCGACAUGAGUGAUGAACAGGAGUGUCCAACUACAACCUGUGACCCGACCAACCAGUUCCGCUGUGUCUUCUCUGGUUCUUGCAUUCCCUUGGCGUUCCAAUGUGACCACGAAGAUGACUGUGGCAACAACAGUGAUGAAGAGCACUGUGAGUCUCACAAGUGUGGUGAUGGGGAGUUUACAUGUGCACGGGGUGUUUGCAUCCGUGAAGCCUGGCAUUGUGAUGGAGACAAUGACUGCAGAGACUGGUCAGACGAGACUAACUGCACAGCUGGCCAACAUACAUGUGAAUCCAGUAGUUUCCAGUGUCACACGGGCCACUGCAUACCACAGCGCUGGACGUGCGACGGUGACAAUGACUGCCAGGACAGCUCCGAUGAAGACCCUCAUUACUGUGCCGGAACUCAAUGCAAAGGCUUCCUCUGUUCCAAUGACACCUGCUUGCCAGUCACGUCCCACUGUAAUGGCAUAAAGGAGUGUCCAGAUGGCGCUGAUGAGGACUACUGUGACCCCUUGUGCACUCGAUACAUGGAGUUUGUAUGCAAGAACCGAGCCCAGUGUCUUUUCCAGUCCCUAGUAUGUGAUGGUGUCAAACAUUGUGAAGAUGGGUCUGAUGAGGAUGCAGAUUAUGCCAAAUGUGCUACUCCCUCAGAGUUUAGUAAAGUGUGUGAUGCAUACACUUUCCAGUGUGCAAACGGAGUGUGUGUGAGCCUGGAGUGGAAAUGUGACGGGAUGGACGACUGUGGUGACUACUCUGACGAAGCCAACUGCGCUGCUCCCACUGAGGUUCCUGGCUGCUCAAGGUAUUUUCAGUUUGAGUGUAAAAAUGGACGCUGCAUCCCAACGUGGUGGAAGUGUGACAAUGAGAACGACUGUGGGGACUGGUCUGAUGAAUCUGAGUGCACAGGUGGAGCAGCUCCUCACACUGUGGCCCCUGGGCCAUCGACCUGCGCCCCCAACCGCUUCCACUGUGGCACUGGAGCUUGUCUCAUCAACGCUUGGGUUUGUGAUGGCUAUGCUGACUGUCCUGAUGGCAGUGAUGAGCUGGGAUGUCCCACAGUUAAUGACUCUGUGACACGGACACCAAUUUCCACCCACACCCCCUCCUCCCAUGGUCGUUGCACUCAGGGUCAGUUUCUGUGUCACCAGCCACAUCACUGCAUCCCUGCCUGGCAGCGUUGUGAUGGACGGUUCCAAUGUCGGGAUGCCUCCGAUGAAGCCCAUUGUCCCACCAGCGGGCCAUUGUUCUGUGUGAACGGAACCCGCUGUGUUGAUGGUGAAGCCUGUGUGCUGGACGAAGAGCGGUGUGAUGGCUUUUUAGAUUGUUCCGACCACAGCGACGAGGACAACUGCACCUUGGAUAUCUUGGCCUAUAAGGUCCAGAACCUUCAAUGGAAUCAAGACUUCCUGGGUGCCAUCACUCUAACAUGGUCUCAUCCUAAAAAUCUUCCCCUGGACUCCUGCUACUACCUCAUCUACUACAGGCUUGUCGGCACUCAGCAAUGGAUGAUCAUGGAUACUCACAGUAACAAGACCAGCUACAAACUUAAGGUCCUAAGACCAGACACCACCUAUCAAGUCAAGGUGCUCACGCAGUGUCUCAGCAAGCUGCACAAGACCAUUGAGAUGAUCAUAAUCAGAACGCCAGAAGGAUAUUGCAAGAUUUUUUUUGCAGUGCCUGAGCCUCCAAGGAACCUGCAGCUGUCUUGUGAUAAUAGUAAGGAUGGUUCAGUGGAUGUUUCCUGGAGUCCCCCUGACAAAGGAAAUGGCCUCAUCCGAGAGUAUAUUGUUGAGUACAGCGAACAAACAGCCAUUGAGUGGAUGUCACAGAGAAGUACCACAAACAGCACAGAGGUGAAGGAGCUGCAGCCAGACAUACAGUACAAAUUCAGGGUGGCAGCUGUGACCAGUCGAGGUCUGGGAAACUGGACUGAAGUAAAAUCAAUCACUCCUUUGACAGCUCUGCCUCCACCUUCAGUGAUCGUUGACAGCAUCACUGCAGAGUCCAUGAGUCUUUCAUUCAGCCUCAAUUCCCAGUAUGAAGUGAAACAGUACAUCGUGAUUCUCUCCUGGCAGUUUGACUCUCACAUGAAGGAGAGCAAGAAUUACACAGUCGAGGAAAAGAUCCUCAGAGCGAUGAACCUGACGGCAGGGACAUUGUAUGAGGUGGCUGUGUGGGCUCACACUAGUAUAGGUGACAGUGCCACAGCCUUGUCUCAUCAUCAGACUAUUGGCUUGCAGCCAGACCAGCCCCUCCUCAAAGCCCGGCCCCUCAACCAAACUGCUGUGGACUGUAGCUGGACCAUCACCAAUGGGCCAGCUGCACAGGUGUACGGUGUGUUUUAUGCUACAUCCUUCCUGGAUUUGUACCAUAGACCUCGUCAGGUCAACACUACUCUCACCAAUCUGACUGUCAUUGUGGACAGUGAUGAACAGUAUCUGUUUCUGGUCCGGGCUGUCUCUCCCUUCUUGGGUCCUCCAUCUGAGCAUAUUGUAGUCAAAAUGAUUCCCAAUGAACGGCUACCACCCAGAAAUCUCCACCGUGUGCAAAUAGACAAGACAGAGGCUACACUUAAGUGGCAGCCGCCAUAUGACACACCAGACAAACCUCUGACAUAUGCAGUCCAUGUGUGGGAUGCAAUCCGCAAGGUGGAGCGGGACUACAAAGUAGCUACCCGGAACAACACAGUAGAGUACCAGGUAAAAGGCCUGGAGCCUGGAGGACGCUACAGCAUCUCAGUCCGUCUCCUCAACAUGAGCAAGGAAGCCAGUUACACUCUGAGCACAGUUCCUCUUCGGGCUCCCGAGGCCUUGAAGAUACUGACUGAGAAUGACCACAUAUUCCUGUUCUGGAAGAGCCUAGCAGUGAAAGAGAAGACUUUCAAUGAGAGCAGGGGGUAUGAGGUGCAUAUGUACGACGGUUUGACCAACAAGACAACCUCCCUGGGAAACACAACAGAGACCUUCUUCCGCAUCAGCAGCCUGCAGGUUGGACACAACUACACGUUCUCUGUCCAGGCCCGCUGCUUGCUCAACGGCCAACUGUGUGGCGAGCCGGCACUGCUGCUGUAUAACCAACUUCGAGCAGGAGCGAGUGAGGCCUCCCCAAGUGAAGGCCACGCUCAGGACAUGGCGGCAGUCGUGGUUCCAGUCCUCUUCCUGCUGCUGCUGGGAGUAUGCAGCGGCUUGGUGGUCCUCUACCUCAGACACCGUCGACUACAGAAUAAUUUUACCGCCUUCGCCAACUCCCACUACAACUCACGUCUAGGAUCCGCCAUCUUCUCCUCUGGGGAUGAACUAGUGGAUGAUGACGAAGAUGCACCCAUGAUCAGUGGCUUCUCAGACGAUGUUCCCAUGGUCAUUGCAUAGCGCGACCUCCCUCCUCUUACCUACUUCUCUUAUCUCCUCCUUGCACCCUGUUGACAGGAAGCCACCGAAUUAGAAAAAAACAUGAAGAAACAAGAGCGAGAGAUAUUUUUCAAAGAUACAAUGCACUUUUUUUGGAUGCGCAAUAACUUAUUUUUUAUAAGAGAAAAAGAAUAUAUGUAUAUGGGGUCAAAAACGGACUUUGAGGAUGUGUUGGACACUGAGGCAUACUGUGAAGAAUUUAGCGUUUGUUGAGCACGAUGUGGACCCCUUUUGAGUGGUCCAUUGCUUAAAGCCAAAUCAAGCAUCCAGAGACUUAAAUAUAAAAUGCAAAAAACAUAAAUGCAGAUAUACAACAAAAUACAUGGGUCGCAUACAAAAUAUGAAUCCAAAAACGGCAAAUGUAUCUUUAUAUAACAGCAUACACCUUUUAUGCCCAGUGAGAGACAGUCAGAAGAGUCAGCUGUAAAUCACAUCUCAUCUGUAGAUUUUGAAUUUUGUCUUUCAGUAGCAUUUGGGAACAAGCUGAAUGUUACAUGCAUUAAAAACAACACUCCCAUGACUGGUUACCUAGUUACACAGAUACUUGUUUCUUUCUACCACCAGCACACAGUUUGUUUCUUUGUAUGUUGACAAAACGUGCCAAGAUGAUUGGAUAAUUCCAAACUUUGGGAGGUUGAUCAUCCCUCUUUAGCAUCACCUGAAUUUAUCAGCACUAUUUGUAAAUAUUGGCUUUUAAAACAUCUUUGUAAUGCUGCACCGCAUCAUUUUGUAAAAUAUAUAUUUUGAUUUUUAAAUUGUUCACAGGUGGAAAUGAUCGUCCCCAGCUUUUUGUUUUAAUUUUUUUAUUUUUAUUUUUUGCCAUAAAUGUAGUUGACGUGUUUGGAGUUCUCAGGGAAUUGUCUUGGGUACCAGCGAAGCACCACCGUCAUCAUCCUCAUGGCUUAGGUCACAUUGUCCACCUGCUGUUGAAGUGGGACUGGAUCAGUGGGUGGUGUAACCAGCUGAUACACUGCAGACUGUAGCUGCUGUAGGCAUUCAUGUGAUUUUAAUGAGCGAUUUCCCGCCCCCCCACCCCCCCUUCUUCAUAUGGUUCGUAGUAAUCCAUCCGGUGUACAACAUGGGUCACAGUUUUAUUUGGAUCACUUUAAAAAAAUAUAUAUAUAUAUGUGUGUGUGUGGUUUUGGCAGAAACUCAAAUUUUGUUUCUCUAAAACUCUGCUACUUCUCUAUUUUAAUUCUUAGAUCUAUUUGAGUGAUCCUAAAGGAUGUUCCAAAAAAUAGACAAAACAAUAGUACAAAUUUUUCUUAGUGUUAGAGACCUAUUGGAAAAUAAAUUCAAUUUGAGCUAAAAGUCAAUAUUGCAAUGCCUACCACACAGAACAAUUCGUUCAUGCAUGCUUUUUUUUUUUUUUUUUUUUUUUUUAAACUAACUACUCACUACAACAAUAUAGACAUGAUGUGAAUCACAAACAUGAAAACAGAAAGCAAGUCAGUAACACACAAUUUGAGUCACUUCCCCAAAAGAAUGACAGUUCUCCCACUGUUGUCUGAAAUGUUGCCAGGCCAUGAUUAUGGUGCUGCCUUAUGUUUGUGAUAGAAAUUCAUAAAACAUAAAUGUAUCCCACUUUGUCAAAACAAAACUUGUCAGCGUGACUUGAAACUGAUAUCGGUCUAGUGCGAACUGAUUUUCUAAAAACUUUUAAGGACCCUGUGUAUCAAAGGUCAUUGUUGCACGGCCAUAAAUGUGUCAGUGUUCCAAUAAAAUAACAUUGUCACCUAUGUUCUACUUCUCACCUAUGGUAGUCUUUUAACUGAAAUGUUGUAUGUAGCCUUUGGGCUCGAGCCGUCUUCUGCUUGAUUUUGACUUGUUUUUUGUUUUUUUUAAAUCUUCUUAAGACGUUUUCAUGAAUGUAUUUUAUACUCAUCUCAUUCUGCCAUCAUUAUCUGUGACUUUUAUGGGCACUCUGUGAUUGAUUCUUAUUACAGUAGGUCUGUAAGCAACCAUUCCACAGUGGUCUUUCGGGUUUGCGUGUGUUAGUGUGGAAAGGCCUCAGCAUUCAAAUUCCAGGCCAACAAAACAUUUCCAUCAUCAUCAGGGUCUUUGCUGGAACUUUAACUUUGGGCUUUUGGUUAGGUUUAUUUUUUUUUCUUCUCAGCUUUUUCUAUUGUCUUUGUCUUAAGUUAGAUUUUUCUGGCGAUGAUUUUGUGUUUGGGCGGCACGGUGGUCGACUGGUUAGAGCGUCAGCCUCACAGUUCUGAGGUGCGGGGUUCGAUCCCGGGCCUCGCCUGUGUGGAGUUUGCAUGUUCUCCCCGUGCCUGCGUGGGUUUUCUCCGGGCACUCCGGUUUCCUCCCACAUCCCAAAAACAUGCAUUAAUUGGAGACUCUAAAUUGCCCGUAGGUGUGAGUGCGACUGGUUGUUUGUUUGUAUGUGCCCUGCGAUUGGCUGGCAACCAGUUCAGGGUGUACCCCGCCUCCUGCCCGAUGAUAGCUGGGAUAGGCUCCAGCACGCCCGCGACCCUAGUGAGGAGAAGCGGAUCAGAAAAUGGAUGGAUGGAUGAUUUUGUGUUUGCUCUUUGGAAACAAUUUUUUAUGUAAUUUUUGUUUCCAUUUGACCACAUAAUGCCUUAUAAGACACAUCAGGCAUCUAGGUAGAAAAUAGUCGCACGUACAUACACACAGUCACAAAGUUAAAGAUGACGCUAUUACCAGGGCAUUUGUUCAGUUUUGUCAAAUCACUGCUCCUUUCUCAGUCGCCUACCGGGGACACUUUUACGCAAUUUUAUAAACUCAUGUACAAAGUGUAAUUAUUGUUUUGGCCAUUUGCACCCCACCUGUCUUUAUGUCAACUCUUGUCAAAAUGUUGUUUGGCACGGAUAUCUGACCUUGGCCAUCAUUGAUGACAUUGAUGUCUUGUUUGCGAGAAAAGGAUGUUUAAUAAACUGUGAGGUGUUUAAAAAAAACAACAAAAAAAACAUGCUGAAAUAAAGGAGAUUAAAAUUCCA